AUGAGAUCAUCAGUUGCGUUCCAGCUCCCGUCAUGGUAUCUUCCACGACCAGAACCUCAAGUAAACGAGAGCACGGCGCACUUUGUAUCGCUUGACGGAUCCCAACCAGACACUUUGAUCGAUGCUGGCUGCCAUUUCUUCGCAGUUCAUUUUACCAAAAUAGCAGGCCUGGUGCAAAAUCUAAGUCAACAUCCUCCCAACCCCCGAGGUUCCCACGGCCCAAUUUCACAUCGCUUCCGGUUCGUUGCAAAGAGGGACCCCGCCAAUUCAUGCAGCAGACACCUUGGUAUCGUCGACACCGACACAGCAGAUGCCAAACCAACUGGAUUAUAUUCUCCAACUCAACAUGAGGUACGGUGCUUCGAGAUAUGGCUACGGGCUGCGUAUAGACUUGUCGUGCCGUUCCAGUCGCUGGAAGACCUCCGGGAUUUGUAUGACCUGGCAAGCCAGUUUUGCUGUCAUUCAUGGAUGGGCCCAUAUCUCGAUUGGCUUUUGCCCAACAUCGUGGAUAGUGAAUUUUGGUUUGGUAUGCGAAAUCCGGAUCUUCGCGUGAGUCAUGUUAGGAUUGCGGAGGACACAAAGUCUCGGCUGCUUUACCACGAUGCCCUCACCAUCCUCAGCGUAGAGCUUGAUGACCAUGAUCCGGACAAAGAGGCUCAUCUCUCAGCUUAUCUCGAUGGCCGUACCGUUUCCUUGGCCAAGGCGGUUUCCGAACGGCGGAGGUGGUGCGUUACAACGGCGAAGAGCCAGCUCGCUAAGAUCUGCCAGGCUUUUUCUUCGUGGAUAGAGAACCAACGUUCAGGAAGCCACUAUAAGGUGGCUAUAGCGGUGCAAGAGUUGUCAACCUUGCGCGACAUGCCUGUCAACCGUUCGAGUCCUACGACACCGAAACCGGUGACGGAAAUCAUGUUUCUUUUCAAAAUUGUAGAUGUGCUGAAUCGCCUCAAAGCGCACCGGCUGGGGUUUUUGGAGGAAGAACCUACAGUUAUGGACAUGGUGAACGAUCUCCGCAAGUUCGCCAAAAGAAAGCAGCUGAACGGAAUGAAGCUCGACCGUUACAGCAAAUUUGAGAUAAUCACGUCUGAGGUGUGGGAAGAGGACAUCGACUUUAUUUUUGGACCACAGAUACAGACCAGCAUGUAG